GUCACUUUUCUUUGACUUUCUCCGACUUACACCGCCUGGUCACACUGAAGACCAAAGUAGUUUGUUUUUGCCAAAAAACUCAGGUCUGGUCUACUCCGCGAUAUUUGUUUGCCCAGCUGGUCUUUGUUGUUGACGGAAAUUGAUUGGUUGUGUAAAUUGGAAAGUGCACGAAAUCGCGAGCGCAUAACGGUACAUGUAUACACACACAAGCAGCACACGCACACACAUGGAGACAGUGCUUUUUGUUUGAUGUCCCAUUUGGCGGAUUAAAGACAAAGAGAGAGAGAAACGGAGGAGGAGGACGCGAUGACCACACGGGAGAAUGUGGUUGCCAGUCGCCUGUCCAAGCUGAUGCUCAGCAGUGGGAGUGGAAGUGGAAAUGGCAGCGGAAAUGGCCCCAACAUUCAGGUGGCUCCAUCCUCCACCCUGGUGCAAUCUCCCACCUCGCCCGGAGAGCAGUCCCAAUCCCAGUCCGAGUUGAACCAACUGAAGCGGGAUGCCGAUCCGCAAUUCUCGCGUUUCGCCGACUACUUUGUGAUAUGUGGACUGGACCUGGACACAGGUCUCGAGCCGGAUCGUUUUGCGGGGGACAACCUACAUUGCUCGCCGCUGGAUCGCGCCUACAAGAGCAAGCCCUUGGCUCACUAUCCCGAGAACGUGCCCUGGAACCCCUUCGAUGCCCACGGCAUUUGCAUGCUCUCACUACCGCAGGGCCUGCGCUUCCGCACCCAGAAACAUAGCAUCGAACCCCGCUUCCACUCGUUUGCCACGACACGAGAGGAUGGAAAGCGGUGCUAUGGGUUCAGCCUGGUGUUCUAUGAGGAAAUCCGUAACCGAAACAUUUGCGGGGCCAUUCACACGUUGCAGAGCAUGUUCAUCACGGAGCUCUCCAAUGGGCAGCAGACGCAUUCCCUUAGUCGGGUGAAACAGGAUGGCCCGGUCAGCCGAUCACUGCCUAGGCAUUUUAAGGUGGCCGGACAGGCGCCGCAGUCUGCACAAAGUUACUACGACAUCAACAAGGACAAGUUGUACGUGGCCAAGAGCAUUACACUGAUAUGUCAGGCUCCGUACGCCUUUGCCGCUCAGAUGUUUCUAAAGAAUCUGUACAGAUGUCUUCCUCGGCAGCCUGGUGCGGGCAUAAGCUUGGAGUCCUACGUUUACAAUAUACUCUACGAGGUUAUGCUGCCGCAACCGGGCAAGUCCAUCCGGGUUUACCUGCCGCCCACAGAGCCGCAUCUGCCACCCAUUGCUAUGAUUCUUCAGCGUCCGCUUCUGGCUACCGAGCUGCCCCUUCUCGACUUUCCGCUUAGGCUGCUUUUCAAGUACCUGGGUGUGGAGUGUGUCAUACAGCUGCUGACGUGCGUGCUUUUAGAGAAUCAGGUGCUGCUCCGGUCCACAGACUAUCAAAGACUUAUGAUCGUGGGUGAGUGCAUUACCUCGUUGCUGUUCCCGUUCGUAUGGCCGCACGUGUACGCUCCCAUUUUGCCGGCGGCCCUGCACCACUUUCUGGAUGCCCCAGUGCCCUUUGUAAUGGGAUUACAUGCUGAGUGUGAAGCGGCUCACAAGAUCGGUAGCGAGGCAACGCUCUGCUUCGUGGACAUUGACAAGAAGCACAUUCAGCUGCCCGAGGAGCUUCCAGUCUUUCCUCACAAGGUGGAUUUUAUGGCCGAGAUUGGUUCGGUGCUGGACAAGUUCGAGAUCGAGCGAGACCGUGACCAGGAGCCUAGUUUCCGAAACGGCUAUGUGGGUAGAGGAGCUGGAGGAGGAGUUUCCGGAUCUGGAAGUAGCGGUACUGGUGGUGUUGAUGCCAUGAUCUCCAGCUGCACCCUGCCCACCGGAUUACAGGCAGCACGGCGAACCAAGGAGCGCUUUCAGCAGAUGCAGGAGACCGUCUAUACUCUGUCAGGAUCGCCAGGCGGUGGCGUCGUUGAUUACCAGCCGCUCAUAGCGCAUCCAUCGCGAAUCGAUCAUGUGCCACGGAUCGCUGACUUUCUGCGUAGGAAGGGAGGUAUUAGGGGAGCUGGCUCUCCGGUGGGUAGUCCCACCGUCUCGCUCUCUUCCUCGCCGGUUGGCAUCUACCACGACGUAGACGCAGUGGACGCCACCAUGCCAGUCAGUACUCGUCCCGCAGAGAAACAAAAGCUAAGCCCUGUGGAUCAGUACUACCAGGACCUGCGCAUCAACAACUCGGUGCGGGAGAUCUUCCUCAACCGAUUCGUGCACAUGUUCCAUGCCUACGAGUACUUUGUUAUUUACCCAAAUCAAGCUCGGGACGAGUGGAUCUCAAACCGUGAGACUCUGCAGAACUUCGACAAAUCCUCGUUUCUGUCCGACCAGCCGGAGCAUCACCGCGCGUUUCUUUCGCGCUUCCUUGAAUCUCAGAUGUUUGCCACCCUCAUAGACAAUAAGAUCCUGGCUAUGUGGGAGUCGCAGCCCGAUGAACAGCUCCAGCUCUUCGACCAUCGCGUGAAAUUGCUGAGGCGACGACACGGGGAGAACAUGAUUGCCGCCACCAGCUACGAGCCGUGCGUGCUCAGCCAGGACUCGCAGCAGGGCUUCGAGAAGCGGCUCAACUGCAUCGACAUCGAAGUGACGCCUCCCAGCGAAAUUCUAUCCAACCGAGCGGCCUACUUCCGCAGCUUUCCGCUGCUCGAGAAGGGCGUGCUCAACCAGGAGUGCGCCUCGAGAGGCAACAGCCUGCGACGGGUGAAGAACGGCAACAAGUGGCGGGCCCGGGAGAUCUCGCUGGACCAGAAGCCCGGCUCGAAUGCCAUCAACCGACUCUCGGCGAACCUGACCACGGCGGACGUGAGUCCGGCUCUAAUAGCCCAGGCCAACUGGACGUUUGUGGAGCGACUGCUGAAGGAUAUUAAGUCCAAGACCAAGCGGAUGCUCUUGGAGAAAAUGGGUAAUGAGGCAGUGGCGCUGGGCCUCAAAGGCGACGGCAUUGAGGAGAACACCCUGAUAGCCAGCAUGUGCGAUUUGCUGGAGAAGAUCUGGUCGCACGGCCUGCAAAACAAGCAGGGAAAAUCCGCCCUGUGGGCCCAUCUGCAGGCCUAUCUCGAGAUGCAAGAGGCCCGAGGUGCUGGCGACAGUUCAGGAGCGGAGCAGACUCCACCCGUAUCCAGCAGUCCGGGCAGCAAGAUGACCAUAGCCACAGCAUCGCCUGCUCUGGCCUGGAACGCAAUGCGCAAGCGCAUGGACUAUCUCUCCACAUUCCAAACGGACUUCGACAGUCCGCCCAGCCCGAAUCGCAGUCGCUCGCGAGAUCGGAACAAAUUCGUGGGCCUAGAGCAGCUGUGCCCACUUCCCGAGUCCCUGGAGUUCGAUGUGAAAAAUGUACUGGCCAUGGCGGAUAUCAAGACGCAUAUUGGCUAUACCCGCGCUUGGGUUCGUCUGUCUCUAGAGAAGAAGCUGUUGUCCAGGCAUUUCCGUACCCUGCUCUCCGAUGAAGCUCUGCUGCGAUCUCUAUACAAGCGAUCGGCGUUCUUGCGCUGCGAGGAGGAGAAGGAGCAGUUUCUCUACCAUCUGCUCACUUUGAACACGGUGGACUACUUCAGCUUUACCAACAUUUACCCCACGACGAAGCUGCCCUACCGCGUCGUGAUCUUCCCCUCCCGCAAGUACGGCUCCUACCACACCUCCAGCAACGUCUGGAUCAUGGUCUCGGGCACCAUGAACGAGACACAACGGGUGCCCGUGCCGAAAGGCUCCUUGGAGUUCAUCUUCCAUUACAAGAACCUUGGCCUACUGACAACCAUGCGCAUUGGACACGACAACUCGGGACCCAGCCACAAGUGGCUGGUUGAGCAGGUGGUGAUGCGAAAUGAGGUCACCGGCCACACCUACAAAUUCCCCUGUGGACGCUGGCUGGGCCGUGGUGUGGAUGACGAUUCCACGGAGCGCCUGCUGGUAGGCCAACGCGUUUCGACAAAUGCGAAGAAUGCCGAGCUCGUUCCUGGAUCCGAUACUCGCACACCUCCUCGGACUCGUAGCCCAAGUGUGCAGCGCCAGGAGACACUGGCACCCUCGGAGAUUCAACACCAGCUGGGCAACUGCGUCAACGUGCUGGUCAAAUGGCAUUACAAACCCAGCCGGGAUCGGGAUGUGGGCACACUGACCAACCUGCUGUGCGGAGACGAUGGACUGGUCAAGUGCCUGGAGCAGGUCUUCCUCUGCGGCUUCCGGUCGGCGCGUUUCUUUGGACGAAAUCUGUACAUCUGGGACUAUUUCACCAAAAUCAAGGAGCUGUUUGAACAAAAUCUGCAGAUGGAGCUGGAGGACUCAUCCUCCAGCUUGGACUCCUCGUUUAGCAAUGGAAGCGGAGGAGGAGGAAACAGCCUGCAACGCCGAGAAAUCUCCAGCAUCUGGCGUCUGUACGUACAGCUUAUGGACGAGAUCAACGGAACAGCCCUUGGCAAGGACGGCAAGUUCCAGCUGCUGAUCUGCCUGAGUCUGCGGGAGCACCUGCUGACGCGGCUGAUAAAGCCUAUGGCUCUGACCAAAGUAACGCACGAGAUGUACGAGGAGGAGAGCUUCCUUCGGCGUCGCAACCUACUCACCUUUCUCAUUCAAAUCCUGGAGCCUCUGGACGACUGCCACAUCGUGCUGGAAAAUUCAAUCACACAGGGCAUUCGCAUCGCGUCCCAAUGCUGAGGACCGGAUGCGUCGCUCGCACUGCAAUACUCAUGCCACAUCUCACCCACGGACAUUUGCAACCAGUGACCUAGAGAAUACUCACAUACAUAUGCUCUUGAGGAAUCUCGGAACUCUCGAAUUCGUUGUUAGCUUUUAAUACGAAGCGGAGGAACUCGUUCCCCUUAUUACACCUAUUUCUAAUCCUAAUUAUAAUCCCAAGCCUAGCCACUAACCACUUGCCAUUCGACCCGACAGCUUGCCAAGAAACCAAGUCAAACGCUGAACGUUUUAGGGGGAUGGAUGGAUGGAUGCCAGUCCCGGGAACACUGAAGCCAAAGUUGAACAAAAUUCCUUGUCAUCGACGCAAUCGAAUUUUAAAGACAUUUACUGUGCAAUUAAGAAGUUUACUAUAACAAAUUCUAAAAUGUUGUUCAAAAAUCUACAUAUAUUUGAAACGUAUGCGUGUGUGUAGCUUAGUAGAUAAGAUCCCAAUCCAAAACCGAAUCCAGUCAAUUCUCCUGAGUUCCAUUUUCAACGAUAGCUCUUAAUUUAGUUGAUUUACCAAAGAAUCUUUGUUUUUUAUUACGACCAACUUAUGGCGUAUAUUUUGUAUAUUAGUAUAUUUUGGUACUUGAGGAGUGAGUGAAAUGAGAUUAACCCAAAGGUGUUUAUGUUAUAAUCAAGCUUUAUUUUUACACUUUAGCCAAACACGUUUGCAGACACUACCUUAAGACCCUGAAAGUCAAUAAAUACGCAAAUGACAUUUAUGAUUACAUCAAA